AUAUAACAAAAUAUUUAAAUCACAAACAACAUUAGACUGCUUCCUGAGUGAGCGUCCUGUACUCACGGGCACGCGCUUGCUGUCCAUUCACGGCUUAUGAUUCCAGUGAGGCGCGCCCACUCUCCAUCUGUGCAUUAAAUUCACUCUUUUUCAUUCUCAUCUUUUGCUGCGAUGCUCUUUCUCUAACUAGGAUGUUUGUAACGUUCAUGUACUUUGGAAAUUCGUACAAAUGUGGAAAACGCGGCGGCGUAAAAAAGGCACACAUAAGGAAUCCAUGAUGGGGGCUGGAUGCAUUUUUGACACGAUUUUAUAGUCGGCGCACAUUCACCUGCAGUAAUAUUCUUAACAGAGGUUAACGGAUAAGAAAAGCCUUCAGAUACUAUGCAGAUUGUUGCAGGCACGUAUUCAUCUUAAUCGAUAGAUCUGUGGAUGACAGGAGCGCGCACGGAUGAUAUAAGGUACAACAGUCAUCCUGAUGCUCUGUGUUUUUAAAGAAAUUCCAAAUAAUUUGUGCACCAGGUGAUAUAACAUAAAUCGAAUCCUUCGAAUGUUUUUUUUUUUUAAAGCCUUUAGGCUUGCUUAUUUAUGUUAAUUUAUUGUGUUCCAAUUAUCAUAGGCAAAGCUUCAUAUUGUCUGUUACUAAUCAAUAUUCUUAUCCCUUGUGUCCUUGCAGCAAUCCAGAGGGUCUACCAUGAACCAUGUGCACAAUGGGAGUAUUAGUUCGCUCUUGGGUGACCUAAAGGCAAAAUGGGCAACACUCUGAGGCUGUGAUCACUUUGCAUCCCCAUGUGUACCAUGAACAGCACUGCCUGGCCUUUGGACCUGGCUGAGUUUGCGAAACCUCGGGGCUUCAACAGCUCCCAGAGCCAGUCUGCUUCGGUGAGCGGCUGGGCCUUAAUCCACACGGCUACACUCGCCUCCUGCUCCCUCCUGUUGGUCCUCAUCUUUUGUCUCGGUUCUUAUGGAAACUUGGUGGUCUUCUUGUCCUUCUUCGACCCGGCGUUCCGCAAGUUCCGCACCAACUUCGACUUCAUGAUCCUCAACCUGUCCUUCUGUGACCUGUUCAUUUGCUGCGUCACCGCGCCCAUGUUUGCACUGGUGCUCUUUCUGGACGCUGGAGACACUAGCGGUGGCGUGUCCAAGGCCUUCUGCUUUGCCUUCCACCUCACUAGCUCGGGCUUCAUCAUUAUGUCCCUCGAAACGGUGGCUGUGAUUGCCCUACAUCGGCUCCGCAUGGUCCUGGGUCAGCAGCCCAACCGUACGGCUUCAUUCCCCUGUACUCUGGCUCUCACGGCACUAUUAUGGACCACCAGUUUCACGCUGGCGGCGUUGGUCACCUUACGAGCGUAUCCCAGGAGCUCCGGACCUUGCCUGCCUCACUUUGGUCUUAGCGGCAACAAGGCCAAGGUAGUAUUGUAUGUAUACAUUGCAGACUUUGCUUUCUGUGUAGGUGUGGUGUCCAUCUCGUACCUCAUGAUCGCUCGGGCAUUGAGGAAGAACGCUCAGGUUCGGAAGUGUCCCAUCAUCACGGUGGAUGCGACACGUCCACUUGCUUCUCAUCCGCCGCUCAUUGCCGCAGGUUUCGAGGGCAUGCAGUGUACAGUGCAGGUGCCCUCGCUGUACUGCAACCAGACCUACAACAAGCUCCAACAUGUCCAAACGCACUCCUUCACCAGGAGAACCAACCAGCCCCUCGUGCCCGGGGCUGCCACUGGAGCGACUUGCUGCCAGUUGGUCUCCACAGUUAACCUGGCGACAGCCAAGGAUUCAAAGGCUGUGAUCACAUGCAUAGUGAUCGUCAUCUCAGUGUUGCUGUGCUGUCUACCACUAGGUAUAUCCUUGGCGCAGGAUAUGGUGUCACCGGAGAGCAGCUUUAUCCACUACCAAUUUGAGCUCUGUGGAUUUGCCCUUAUCUUCCUGAAGUCUGGAAUCAACCCGUUUGUAUACUCGCGCAAUAGCGCGGGUCUGCGCCGCCGUGUGCUCUGCUGCCUCCAGUGGCUGACCUUGGGCUUCCUGUGCUGCAAGCACAAGACACGCCUACACGCUAUGGGCAAAGGAAGCCUGAAAGUCAACUGUAACAAGUCCUCACACCACGAGACCAACUCUGCGUACAUGCUCUCGCCGAAGCCUCAAAGAAGGCUGGUGGAUCAGGCUUGCGGACCCAGUCACUCCCGGGACAGCAUGCCUAGUCCCUGUGCCACCGCUGGACGCAAGCCCCGACCCCCGAGCACAUCUACGCCCAUCAAUACGCGCAUAGAACCCUACUACAGUAUCUAUAACAGCAGUCCGUCAGCAGGCCCGAGUUCCCCCAAUAGCCUGCAGCCGGUCAACUCUCAAACCACGGCCUUUGCCAAAAGCUACGUGGCUAUGCACUACCACACCCACCAGGAGGCGCUGCAGGACUUUGACAGCACCUCGGCUCAUCAGAUUCCCAUCCCCUCAGUCUGAGCUGUAGAACGUCAUGCUACUUGCUCAGCAUCCAAAGGGGAGCAUUUAUAGUGUUUGCUUGUGGUUCGCUAGUGGUGUUUUGCUUAAGAGACAAUAUGCAUCGAGUAUCCAAUAAAAAGAAAAUGGGACUAGCUAAUUGUCGCUUUCCCCAAAAGUGUUAUUCUCAAUGUUUUCUGGACUGAAGGAUGUUCUAUUUUUACAUUGACAUGGCAUUUUCAUGUACAGUAAUAGUCUUCAUGCAGAUUAUGUAUUUGUGAAACAUCC